AUGGCCGCCGCAUCCCUUCGCUUCGCUGUGCUCGCUGCCGCGUUGGCGCUGCUCGCCGUGACCUCCUUGGCGCAGGGCCCCAGCCCCGCCCCCAUAAAGCCUCCGUCCCCGGCGCCGACUACUCCCCCCGCCGUCGCCCCCGUCACCCCUCCGGCCGUGGCUCCCGUCCCUCCGCCGCCGGCCGUGACGCCCACAGCCCCACCCCCACCCCCGGCUUCCCCUCCUGCUUCCACCCCCCGUUCGGAGGCUCCCGCCACGUCCCCUCCCGCGCCGCCACCGGCCACACCAUCCCCCUCCUCCCCGACCUCUCCGAUCUCCACGCCCCCUACCUCGUCCCCCACCUCGACACCGUCGGGCAAUGUCGCCGCCUCCACGACUGUAGGCUGGAUCGCCGUGGUGUGCGCCGCGGUCGCCACCUUCGCGCUCUAG